AUGCCUCUCAUUGCGCAGAACCCAAAAGACCGAGUCAUCCUCGGCUUGAUGACAUUCGGUCCCGACGAGACCAGCGGCGCGCGCAUCACAGAGUUUGACGAAUUCACCAAGCAUCUCGACUACUUCCAGUCCCAGGGCUACGAUGAGAUCGAUACGGCGCGCAUGUACGUUGGCGGCAAGCAAGAGGCAUGGACGCGCCAGGCGGGGUGGAAGGACCGCGGCUUUACUCUCGCCACCAAGGUGUACCCUUAUGAGGCUGGUGUUCACAAGCCUGAUAGGCUGAAAGAACACUUUGAAACUAGUCUCAAAGAGCUGGGGGCGGACUGUGUCGACAUUUUCUACCUGCACGCACCGGACCAUUCCGUGCCGUUCGAGGAGACACUCGGUGCUGUGAAUGAGCUGCACAAGCAGGGCAAGUUUGUCAACUUGGGUCUUUCCAAUUUCGCUGCGUGGGAGGUUGCAGAGGUGUAUAAUAUCUGCAAGGAGCGUGGCUGGGUGAAGCCGACCAUCUACCAGGCCAUGUACAACGCAAUCACUCGCGCCAUCGAACCCGAGCUCAUCCCAGCAUGCCGCAAAUACGGCAUCGACAUCGUCAUCUACAACCCCCUAGCCGGCGGUCUCUUCUCCGGCAAGAUCAAAUCCAAAGACAUCAAGCCCGACGAAGGCCGUUUCGGCACCAAAGCCGAUCGCGUCGGAAGCAUGUACCGCGACCGCUACUUCAAAGACGCCACGUUCCAGGCUCUGAAGAUUGCUGAAGACGCUGCCCAGAAGCACGACCUGACGCUGCUCGAGAUUGCGCUGCGGUGGUGCGUUCACCACUCUGAGUUGAAGACACGGGUUAAGGGUGGGAAUGACGGUGUGAUCAUUGGGGUGAGUAAUUUGAAGCAGUUGGAGGGUAAUCUGGCGGAUCUGGAGAAGGGACCGUUGCCUGAUGAUGUGGUGAAGGCUUUGGAUGAAGCUUGGAUGGCUGCUAAGGCUACGGCACCGACUUACUUCCGGUAA